GUGCUCAUUGGGAAAACAGAAACAAUGUUUUUAAGUAAAGUAAUUAUUUUGGCGCUUAUUGGCGCCAUUCAAGCUAAGUUAAUAAAUUUGUCAUGCAAAGACAUACAAGCGUUUGUGGAUGGUCACAAUUGGAGAAGACUGUUAUUGGCUCAAGGAAAAGUGGCUGGUCAACCGGCAGCCAAGCAUAUGCAAAUGAUGCUAUGGGACGAUGAACUUGCAAACAAAGCAGCGAAUUGGGCGAGCCUAAAUAUAUACGACCAUAAUCCUGAUAAAACUCUAGCCUCGGGAAGAUUCGAAACUGGUGAAAAUAUAUACCGCUAUCAAACCACCGAUCAAGACUAUCAUUUCGAUCUAGACACCGCUCUGGCUGCGUGGUUCGAUGAAUACAAGGAUUUUCCAUUCAAAACACUGGAGCCUAGCGACUUUGAAUCGCCGGUAGAUGUUGGUCAUUACACUCAGAUGGCAUGGGCUAAUACUGUUUUGGUGGGCUGUGCUAUAUCCAACUACAAAGAAGGCCAAUGGAAUACAUUUCUGGUUGUCUGCGAUUAUGGGCCACAAGGCAACAUGUUAGGCGAAGAGCCAUACGAAGAGGGAACAGCUAAUAACGCUUUAUAUUGUAAACGUUCUAAGUACGUUAAUUGUGACCUAAAGUACGGUUCCAGAUGUUCAACGUGGGGUUUCUGGGACUAUCCAAAUUAUUAAUUUUUAGGAUCUUAAAUGACGGUGUACAUUUUUGUAUCGUUCUUUACGUAGGUACGCAGUAUAAUAUCAUUGUACGCAUGCAUCUGUAGAAUGAAUGAAUGAAUAUUCCAUAAAAAUCUCAUCACUUCUUCUUAUGCAUACUAAUUUAGGUAUGUUUGUGUGCGUGUGAUAUAUUGUGUUGGGUCAUGGAAAUAUUUCCAUUUUGAAAAAAUCACAUUUUUCAGAAAAAGAAAUAUUUUUCCACAUUUGAGAUUGACACCUGUCAAAAGUUGAAGAUACUGAGCUGUGUUAUGAGAAUUUAUGAAUAUAAGCCAAUCAGGGUUUAAAAAUUACAUUGUUUGUACUAUUUUAUUUAUAGUGUUGUAUUUGUAUUGUACAACAUGAGUUCUAAAAAUGUACACUAUUUAAUUUUUUCGGAAAAUUACCCAAUGCUAGUGCUACAGAAAUUGAGACUGUUUCAUACAGCCUUAGAGUCUCAUGAGCUGCAUUCUGAUUCGACUGCAUCGAUGGCAACUGCAACUAAAUUUAUCACGACUGCCGACAUCUACGCAGUUUUAACUGACACUGACACACAAAACGAAUUGCAACUCAUGUGGCUACACCCUUAGAUGCAUGCAAAUGACAAUUUGCCUCUAAGCGAUUGGGUUAAUUUGAAACACU